AUGGGGUGCUGUGGUUGUGGUGGCCGCUGCGGUGGCUGCGGUGGUGGCUGUGGUGGCGGCUGUGGCUGUGGUGGCUGCGGUGGCUGUGGUGGUGGCUGCGGUGGUGGCUGUGGUGGUGGCUGUGGUGGUUGCACCAGCUGCAGGUGCUACCGGGUUGGCUGCUGCUCCAGCUGCUGCCCCUGCUGCCGUGGCUGCUGUGGGGGCUGCUGCAGCGUCCCCGUGGUCUGCUGCUGCCGCCGCACCUGUGGCUGUGGCUCCUGUGGCUGUGGCUCCUGUGGCUGUGGCUGUGGGAAGGGCUGCUGUCAGCAGAAGUGCUGCCAGUGUAAGUGCUGCUGCCAGAAGCAAUGCUGCUGCUAG